CCAUGGGCAGCAUGGACGAUACAAAAACAUCUCAAAAGAAAUCAAGAAAACGGCCAUCAGAUGUGCCAGAAGUUAAAACAAACGACGAGAGCAAGAAAAAGAAGACAUCUUUCUCUGUGAUAGAGUUUAAAUUUUAUCUCAGCGAUCCAAGUACAAUUUUUUUAGGUUUUGAGAAGUUUAUUGAGGCUGCACAGCCAGGGAAAGACAAUGAUGGAGAAGAUAUUGUGGCAGGCUUCUGCAAGUCCUCCCCUGAAUGUGAGGAAAUCAUGCAAGUCUUCCAAACAACAGGCAGAAAACCAAAUGAGUUACAGCUUGUUUUCCUGGCCUUGGAGAAAAUAUUGCUGAGGAUUGCCGAUGAUCUUGGAAAGUAUUACAACACUGGGCAGACGAUAGUCCGCAAGCUGUUAACUGCACAUGCAAACAUCCUACACAAUGUUCUUAAUAACAAAAACAAGUCAGGACCAAUCAAAAGUGGACUUAAACUGCUCGUCUCCAUGGUGAUGCUAGGACCUCAGUCAGCCAAGCUCGUUUUAGACCAUGUUGACUUUGGACAUGCCACAAUGGUGUCGCUAUGGAAACGGCGUGACACGAAGGAUGAGGAGGAUGUGCGAACGUGUUUUUCUCUCCUUGUAAUCGCGUAUUUGUUGGCAGGUGACGGUGAUGUUAUAAGAAGGCUUAUUCAGAUUAAAGGGCUUAUGGAGAACAUGUUUCAAGGAAUACAGUUUGACAGAAUAUCAUCCAUUCAGCUACUACUCUCUUCAGUGUUGGAAAAGGUAGUAAUGAAUCCAGCCAUCAGUAAAACAGCAAAAGUGCAGGUGUUUACAGAGAAAACAUUGAAGGAAUUGUGCCACCUGUAUUCCUGGCAAGGCCCGGCAAAGUGGAAACAGAGUUUAGGAGCAAAACAGUCAGACAGUCAGGAGCCCCAGACUGAAACUGUGAUGAGGGAUGAAGAUGGAAUGGUUGCCAUGGAAACAGUGACCCAGUUUCUUACGGAACUUUGCUCUUCUUACAAAAAUGGCAUUAUCUUCCAUGACAAGACAUAUGGACUGUCAGGAAGAAACCAAAACCAUUUGAUGACAGCAGUUUUGUCCAGUCUACUUCCACACUGUAACCAGUCUGUUGUGUGUAGUCUGGUAACCGACAUUCUCACAGCUUGCCCUGACCAGCUUCAUCGUUUCAUGCAGAGUCUGGCUCCCACACUUUCCCCUAGAGAAGCCAGCAAGUGGGUCACCAGUCUAAAUUUUCUUGUAAAGGUGUAUCGAAGCCUUCAAGACAGUGUUCGAGUGUUAAAGAUUAAAGACGUUAAAACGGCAGAACAGCUCGUGAACAUCCUGCUUGUUUACACGUUCCCUCCACAACACGUUUUGACCACGGUGUUUCCUGGAAUCAGGAACAAAAGCCUUGCCAUUAACUACCAGGUGAUGGUACUCGUGAGAGAAAUGCUGGAAACCGCCACUAUAGUAUUGAAGGCUCUGCAGCAGACAACACUUUAUUCACCAGAGGUCACCAGCCAGGCCCAGAUAUUGUACACUGCACAGGUUUUAAAGACUCUACCGGAUGUGAUGUCAGUGUUUGGAUGCUGGGAUAAAAUAACAUCAGCAACAUCAACUGAAAGCAAGGCGACUGAACUCCAGAAACUUUAUGAUCUGUCGAGUGUAGAUGUGGCUGGGUUUCGUCAGGUGGUUGUGCAGACAUUAUGUCUCUACCAAGAGGUCAGCCCCAACAUGCUUGUGGAACAUCCUGUUAUUCUUGGUAAGCUGUUAGAAGGUGUAAUGUCUGAACCAGCGAGAACCAAGUCAGUGGAUGGGGAAAAUUCAGCCGAACAUUUGACUCAAGUGCACCUGCUGAAACUGUUGUCUGCUACUGAUGCCAGGAGGUUACCAUGGGCAAAGAAGAAUGUUGCUGGACACACUCUGCUGUACCAGUUACUGGAAAUAAGUACAUCUCUGAUUGAUACGUCUGAUCUAUCGGAAUCGGUGCUUGAACUUGUUUGCAAGUUAUUAGAAACCACGGGUCAAUUUGACGGUCAUCACGAUGAGUUAUUGCUAUGGUUACGCACCAUCAGACAGUUUGGUCAGGGGGUACAAGAGUCGGUAUCCAAGUGUGGUCAAGGGGUACUAGAGUUUGUAUCCAGGGUGAUGAUGACCUAUAUCCACAACCCAUACCCUUAUAUGGAUACAGUGUGUGACAUUCAGAGUAGUGUUGCCAUGGAAACAGAAUCAGCCAAUGGGCAGUCAGUUGAUAUUGAAGAUAUAGAGAAAAUGGAUGACAUCCCCUUAGAGUCAGAUGAUUUCGAAGAUUCUCCUGAACCUACCAAAAGAUUCAAUUUUUGUCCUAUGCUAUUGGUUGCCAUGGAAACUGCCCAAAAGGAAGAAAACCUGGACAAUGAUGUGUCCCGGCUGCUGUCUACGAUUGUCUUACACACAUUUCACAUGCAGGCUGAGCCACGUGCCUUGUGUGAAAUGUUGGAGGUACAUGGAAAGAAAGUAGUCCCAGUAACUCUUAUGGGCUAUGUGGAAUUGUGGAUGAAAAAGUCUAAAGAUGUAUCUGCCAAGACCUUACAAACCCUGUGGGAAGUUCCGGAUAAGCUCAUAUCUGAUGGCCUUCUAGUUCAUCUACAUACAACUGCAAAAACAGAGGUGUCACAAGCCCUGUUGAAAUUGUCUAUUUUGGUUGGAUGCAUAAACAAGAAAAAUGAAAAGGUCGUUCUGGAGGAAAUGGAGAAAGUGAUGGAUGCUCUCCUGGCAGAAACUAAAAAGACUACUGAACAACUUGACUCAGUGAAUUGUGUAACAACCACAUCUUCGGGUCUGGAAAAUGUUUCAAAAGAAACCACAGGAAAGCAACACAUUCGUUGUGUAAAAAUGGUGCUUGAUCAUCAUGUUAUAAAAGAGUACUUCCUUGCAGAUUUGAAUGAAACAAAAUCACCGAAAGCGAAGAUAUCCAAAUGCGUUUCGAGUUUUGUUUCAACGCUUUUCAGUAUGACUGACGUGUUUGGAAAAGAUAUGCAAGAAAUAUUUGGGUUUUAUUCAGAAAAAUGUGAGCAGAUUCUGUCAUCUGGUGAAGAUGUAAAAAAUCUUGAAUUGAUUGUGAAAAUUGCACACAUUCUUGGGAAGGCUUUGCCAACGGAGAAAUGUGUUCAGUUUUUGAACCUGGUCAUUUGCUUUUCUUUAAGAGGAAAAUCGAAAAUGAGCAGUGGCGAUUCAUCAAGCUCAAUGAUGUGCCUUGUUGAUACUCUUUUAGGUAGAAUUAGGGGAUCCUCUCUUAAAAUUGUUAAGCUUACAGAAGAGAGUUUUAACAAUUUGUUAAAUCUUUUCCUUGAGGACGACCAGAGCAAGUUGCUGGCACUCUGCAGUUUUGUAGCAAGAUUUCCUUCGUUGGCUGUGUUAUGUAUGGAAGACAAAGUUGAGUCGCUUGUUUCAUCUGAAGAUGGUAUCGAUCUCUUGAAAAUGCUGAUGCGGAACAAUAUGGCAUUGACUAUGAAAGUGUGUGACCUUGUUAAUCAAGGUCAUUUGGAUGUGGGGGAAAAUCUAGGUCUUAUUGACCUCUGCCUACAGCAGUUGAAAGGAAAAGCGGAUCUGAAAGAUGCGUAUGACAAGACAUGUUCCAAUGUUAUGAAGGCAUUAAAAUCUGAUUGGUUGAAGCUAUGUUCCGCUCAAGCAAUGGAACAGAGUGAUCUACUUUUGAAUACUCUUCAGACAGUAUAUCACUCCGGACAAAUAAGUUCAAAAAUGCUUACAAGUUUGAAGAAAAAGAUUCAAGCAUUGUUCGAAGGGGAAUCUGAAAUCCUCCCACGCCAUGUCGAUCUUGUGAAACUGUUGCUAGGAGACAGUGAACUGAAAGGAUCACCUACCCCUGAGUUGAUAGCAGUUUGUGUUCGUGGUCUCAGUGCCGAAUUUUCGAGACACAGGAAACUUACAGAUGUUAUCCACAAGUUUCUGGACAUUAUGUCAGCUGCAGAGAUGGAGGAACUUGGAAGUGUUAUUUUAAAUAUCGCAGAUGUGGACCAUGUCUGGAGCUCCUUCCUCAAGUCCUUACUAAAGUAUCUAUUUACAAAUGUAAAAGCUCUCACUCUACUGGCUGGACUGGUUCCCGUCAUUUAUCGCUCUGACAAGUCAUUCUCCAUCACCGUAGCAACUGUUGUUGACAUGGUUACGAGCCAUUCUGGAUUCCUCCAAACAAUGUUUGGAGAUCAUGGGCAAAAGUGCAAAUGGUGUCUGGUAGAUUUGUUGACGACCCUGAUAGAUUUGAACCCGUCGUCAUGCCAAACAGAUCAUGUCGGUGUUCUACUAGGGGCUUACGGGGCUUCGCUGUCAUUGACAGACCAGAAGAUCUUGAAGCUGAUGCAGUUUUACGAGAAGAAUGAAAUUCCUUUCUCAAAUUUUAAGCCGUUUAUAUGGGGUGAAAAGGGUAUUGAAUUGUACAGUUUGAGACGCUCCCUUGGACCAUCCCUGAAACAGCCGGGGUUGGCAGAAGUUCUUUCCCUUGUUGACAAAAAUAAACUUCACUCAUCCACGCUUUGUUUCCCUCUGAGGAGAAAACUCCAGGGAAGCCUUGUAUGUGAUGCUGCAGACUUGAAGUCACGUGAGGACUGUUACGACCCAGGUUUCCUGCUUCCACUGUUCAGUCAUCUCCUAGAACCAGCCAAUAUAAUAGACUGCCGAAAGUUUGUAGAAAGUGAAUGCCUUGGUUACGUAAUAGCUGCAUUAUCCAGUCAUGACACAGACAUGCGCAGUGCUGCGCUACAUGUGCUGGACAUAUUCCAGGGGCAUCUUACGGUUGCUAAGACACCUGAAAAAGAGCAAUUGAUGUACGUUCUAGAAAUCGUCCAAAACAGUCUUCCCGCAGGAAAUACAAAACUGGCCUCCAUCAUUACACAGUUUUUGGCAAGAGCUGUGACACUUAUGCUUAAACCAGACGAGCACAUGUACAUGAUAAUGAACUCUUUCCUGCUCUUGAAACCAAGAUUGGACACGCAGAAUAUUCCUGAGUUCUUCAAACUAUUUAAUAGCUCAGCUCUGCAGCAUCGUGAGGAGAGGCAAUGGAUUUUAUCCCUUAUGGUUGACGGUCUUCGGGAGACGGCAGAUUAUCGCAUCUUCGAGAAGCGCUUUGCCUUCAAGAUGAUCCUUGGUGUGUUUGAUUCCUGUCUGUCAGACUACAGUAUGCAGCUGCAGAUUGUGAAUCUUCUAACCCGAGCCUGCGCGGAACGUUCUGUUGCAAAGGAUUUGUGUAACAACCACGGAUUCCUGGUUUGGCUGGCAAACACAGCAAACAAUCUGAUCAGUGAGAAAGUACAACUUGUAAGUGCAGUGACAGGACUAGUACAUAGUCUUUGGGAUUCCCUUGAGCGCCCAUCAGAAAAGCCGGAGAAUCCUGUGUCAUUGGCGGUUUGUUCACAGAUGGCUGCUAUCCUACACACAUUGCUGCAGUCUCUCACGAAUGUUUCCAGAAACAUCCACCAACAGUACUUGGAAACACUAUUUUGUGUUUGUGUGCAGUUGGCCAAACUAUCCCACGAUGCCAGAGGUCACGUGACCCAGUUAGCUAGCCAUGGGGAUAUUUUGAUGAUCUUGUUCCAAUGUCAACAAAUAUGGAUGAAGUCAAAUCUAUCAGGAAACCUUGCACGUAGAGCUUUGAAAAUAGUCGGCAACAGUACGAAGAAAAAGCAAACUGGCAAACAUGUUUCGUGGAAAGGGAAGGGAAAAGUUCAUUUAAAUCCAGAUGUGGUUUUGAUAUCUUCUCAGAAGAAAUCUGAAAUGAAAGACACUGUAGAUGUUGAUGAAAAGAAUGAUAGAACCUAUAUGGAAGUGGAUGGUGAUGUCGAUGAUACUGCUAGCGGCUCAGACUCCACUCUAAAUGAUGAAGAAAGGAUAGUAGUUGAGACAUUGAUGAAAAUAGUUCUUUUGUGGAAGAAAACGUCGGAUAUUGCAACCGGUAAAGCUAGUCUGUUGGUUGAUGUCAUUGUUUUAAGAUGGAUGCUCAAUGUUGCUAACAGUGUGAAGGAGUUAGAUGGUGGCAUAAUUGAUGAAGUUGUGAGUGUCAUUGAUGAGAAAAUGCUGUCAGACACUGGUAAGGGUCUGCUUGCCAAGUUUAUGGGUACCUAUAGCCUAGAAUCGGAAGAAGUCAUUGAAGCUCUUAUAUGCUUGUAUGAUGCUGUAGCAAAGUUAACGGAAAGGACGGCGUCUGGAAAGAAGGAAGACGGAAACGCUGAUCACAACAGUAUAUUGACCAGUGCAUUGAACAGAGUUCUUGCUUUUGUCGUUGAAAUGAGAUAUGGGAGUAAAAUACCCGUCAACUUCAACGCUGAAAUUAGAAGUGUUGCAAUCAGAAAAGCAUUCUUGUGUUCUAACUGAGACCUUUGAAAUUAACUAAAUGUCAUUUUCAAAUAUGUUAUGGGAGACACUAUUACAUGUACAUCGUUAUGCAUAUAUUUGAUCAAUUAAAACACCACUCUUAUCACAUUAUGUUGUUCAUUUAAAUAGAUUAAAACGUGUAUAUAUUUUGUAAGUACAUGUUAAUGGCUAUAAAAAAAAUGUCCACCCACCCGCCUGUGAGAUUGUCGGCCGUUCAUUUGAAAGACGAGGUCUUGAAUGGACAAAAACAUGCAACAAGUUUGAUCUAGGAUUUUGAAUCUUCAUAUAUGCCCUAAUCAUAAGAUAACCCUUAUUGAUUUGAGGGUGAAUACCUCAAAGAUAAUUUUAUGGCGAAGAAGAUGUGAUAAUAUAUAAUUUUACUAUUACACAUGUACUUGUACAUUUAUGCUUCUUAAUUACAAAAUAAAAGUACUAAAAGGUCA